CAGUCUUUGGUCAAUACAAUCGUGCGAUUGGCACAAGAUUUUGUGGGCGCAAAUAAUCUGAACUUAUUGCUACCAAUUGGACAGUUUGGUACACGUUCAACGGGUGGUGAGGAUUGCGCGAGUGCGAGAUAUAUUUACACGGCACUGAAUCCGUUGACUCGUUGGAUUUUUCCGCGUGCUGACGACAGUGUAUUGAAGUAUUUGGAGGAGGACAAUGUGCGUAUUGAGCCACAGUGGUACUGUCCUGUGAUACCGAUGAUUUUGGUGAAUGGCUGCGAGGGCAUUGGAACAGGAUGGUGCACGAAAGUGCUGCCAUACAAUCCGAAAGAAAUCAUCAGAAAUGUGCUGCGCAUGAUUGACGGAAAAUCGCCGCAGAAAAUGUUACCCUUCUAUCGUAAUUUCACGGGAACAGUGAGAGAGACAAGUGAUCGCAAGUUCGAAAUCUCUGGUGUUUGUACACUGAAGUCAUCGCGGAGAAAUGCGCGUAGCUUGCAGGUGGAAGUAAGCGAGUUACCGGUCGGAAUUUGGACACAAAAGUAUAAGGAGAAAGUUUUGGAUGUGUUAAGCCGAAAUAAUAUCAUAACCAAUUACAAGGAAUUGCAUACGGAAGAUUCGGUGAAAUUUUUGCUGGAAAUUCCAAAGGGCACACCAAAUGGACUGUGCUCGAACAACGCCGCCGUGUCAGCUGAUGAACGAAAACAAAAACUGCGUAAAGCAUUAAAACUGGACAGUGUGGUAGGCACUUCGACAAUGGUACUGUUCGAUGAGCGAAACACUCUGCGAAAAUUCGAUGCAAUCGAAGAGAUUUUCGAGGUAUUUUUUGAAGUUCGUCGUCGGAAGUAUAUCGAACGACGUGAGCAUCAGAAACGUCAACUGCAGGCCAAACUGAGAUUCUUUGAGAAUCAGUAUCGCUUCGUUGAAAUGCUAUUGAAUAGAGAGCUGAUAAUCGAAGGGAAAAGUCGUCAACAUAUAGAGGAGGCUUUAAGAAGCAGAAACUUCGAAUCUGAUCCACUUCAUACGCAACAGGAUGAUGAUGUUAAUAAUAAUAAUGGUGGUGGAGGUAACAAAUCAAGCGCUGAAUUUGGGUAUCUUCUCGAUAUGCCGUUGAUUCGGCUGACUAGUGAAGAGGCAAAAUCGUUGUGUGAAAGGCGUGAUUCGAAGAGAGUCGAAAUGGAUCAGUUGGAGCAUAUAGAUUGGAAAAUAAUGUGGCGUGAUGAUCUUCAGAAUCUGCUUGCGGUAAGUGGUUGCUUCGUAAAGUGGUCUUUUUUAUAG